AGCUUGAUUCAACCACUGUUCACUGCAAACGAAUCUGUGACCUUGUGGAGCUGCAGGAUGCAAACGUCUUGGAGAAGGGCAGCCAAUGUACAAAGGCUGCAUUGAGUGUGUGGGCAGGCAAGAAUGCUGCUCGGCUGCUGCAGACACAUAGAUUUCUUGGAAUUGCCAUGCAGCAGGACCGGUGUUGCAGUCCCCAGCUCAAACUGAAAAUGUUGCACAGGAAGACGUAUCAUGUGAAGGAACUACAGGUGGAAAUUGAUGCUCAUACUGACAUCUUCCACAACCUGGAUGAAAACGGGCAGAAAAUCCUGAGAUCGCUGGAAGGCUCUGAGGAUGCAGCCCUAUUGCAGAGACGUCUGGAUAACAUGAACCUCAGAUGGAGUGAGCUUAGGAAGAAAUCUCUAAAUAUUAGAUCCCAUUUGGAAGCCAGUACAGACCAAUGGAAGCGUUUACAUCUCUCUCUUCAGGAACUUUUGGCAUGGCUGCAAUUGAAGGAGGAUGAAUUAAAACAGCAAGCACCCAUUGGUGGAGAUCUUCCCACUGUGCAGAAACAAAAUGAUAUUCAUAGGACUUUCAAGAGGGAGCUGAAAACAAAAGAGCCUGUUAUCAGGAGUGCACUUGAGACUGUGCGAAUCUUCUUAACAGAGCAGCCUGUGGAGGGACUGGAGAAGCUCUACCCAGAACCAAGAGAGCUGUCACCUGAAGAAAGGGCCCACAAUGUCACUAAACUUCUCCAAAGACAAGCAGAUGAGGUCAGAACUGAGUGGGAUAAGCUGAAUCUAGAGUCUGCUGAUUGGCAAAAGAAGAUAGAUGAUGCUCUUGAAAGACUGCAGGGCCUUCAAGAGGCAAUGGAUGAACUGGACCUGAAACUUCGCCAGGCUGAAGUGUUCAAGGGAUCCUGGCAGCCAGUGGGGGAUCUGCUAAUUGACUCUCUGCAGGAUCACUUAGAAAAAGUCAAG